AUGUCAACGGAUAUAAAGUCUCGUGGAAUACUUAAAGACUGUUGCAAUUGUAAUAUCAAUUGUAUUCAAUGUUUAAGUUGUCAAGAAUGUUGUGUAUCAUGUGCUGAAGCAUGUGAUUGUUGUGGUACAACAACAAUUGAGUCAUGUCUUGAUGCAUGUUGUCCAAAACGAGGAUCUAUUGAAUUUGCAGAUAUUAUUACAUGUGAAGCCUGUUGUUCUGGACAAUGUUGUUCGUGUGGCAAUACUGUUUGUGUUUGUGCACCAACAGAUGUUAGUAAUGUCAAUUGUUUAUGCUGUGCCUGUGAGCAACAGUAUCCUCAGCAACACAAUGAUGGUAGAUAA